UUUGCCACCCGCGUCCCUUCAUCCAUCUCAUUUCAAGCUUUUUUUUUCGCUUUUCACGCAAUUCGUCACCUUCCUUUUCCUUUCCGUUCAUUCAUCCUCUAAAAUACACAAUGAAGUCCGUGUUUGUUUCUGCUCUUGCCAUGCUCGCUGCUGCUUCACAAGCUUACGCCGCCAUUACGGUGGUGACGCCUUGGGCUGAUUCGCUUUGGACUGCCGGUGGUCAUGGAAAUAUCACUUGGACUACCACGGCUGCUGAAGCCAAUCUCAAGUGUGAAAUUCAAAUGUUGAACGGUAACAACACCAAUGCCAAUCUGGUUGCUUACGUGACGACUCCCGGUACACCUGUUGAUUGUUCUGUGAAACAAUACGAUAUUCAUCCUUUGAACGAUUUCGCCAAGGGCAAGUACUGGAUCCGUAUUGGUCAGUCAUCGACCAAUACUUGGGCUUAUUCUGGUGUUUUCAAUUUUGAGGGCAAGGGUACCGCCAACCCACUUCAGAUCGCUACCAAUGGCAGUAUGCCAGUUUCCCCUUCGGGUGCCGCUGCCAAGAACGCUGCUGCUGCCGCCAGCACCACUAUCGCUACUACCGGUUCAUCGAGCGGUAGCAAGAGCUCAGGUAGCAAUUCCGCUAGUACUACUCCCGAUAAUGCUGCUGGUCAGAUGUCCAUGAAUACCAAGGCCAUGGUCACCAUCAUGGGUGCUGGUGUUGCCGCUUUGGCUCUCCUUUAAUAAUUAUUAUGCGUGAUCUUCUCUCAUCUCUCUCACUGUUAAAUGCAAGCCCAGCAUGAUUCGCUUCUCCUGAUAAUCUUGUUUUUUUUUUUGAUUCGCUGAUACAUUCAUUGUUCGCGUUUGAUUUAUUGCCCUUUUUGCUUUACUAAUAUUUUUUUUUUUUUCGUUCUUGCUACAUCAUAUUAAAAAGUGUACAACAUUCUGAAUUCGCUAA